UUUUAUCUCCCGUUAACAAAUAAACCCAAUAAUUAAACCCAAAAAAAUUAAACAAUAACUUCAAACGUUAACCAUUGUAUAACUGUUCCUUACGAUUAACAUGCUCCUCCCUUUAUGCACUUUUCCCUAACCUAUAUCGAUUAAUCUACCCACUGAAACUGGAGCUCUAUAGUUUGCGGAAGGAAAAAUGAAAUUGGAGUUCUACUUUCUCUUUCAAUAUUUCAUUCUCCAUAUAUAUUGUUCUAAUCUCACGUUGCGACCACAACUUAGACGAGAUGAAGUGGAAGAGGACCUUUUGCUUCUUCCGGAGAUUGAAACCCUUCUUUUACUUUUAAUCUAGGGAUUUCAAGAAGGUCAAUCACAAUCACUCAAUGAUGAACGUUCAAAUGGGAGACGUAGAGACCUUUGCAUUCAAGGCUGAGAUUAAUCAGCUUCUCAGUCUUAUUAUCAACACUUUCUCUAGUAAUAAGGAGAUUUUCCUGAGAGAGGUCAUUAGCAACUCCUCUGAUGUUAUGGUGGCUACUGUGCGCUGUGAAGAAAUUGCCAAUGAGAAGUUCUCUAGUUUUUCAGGAAAUGAGUACUGGCUGGCACUCGAGGAGGGUGUACAACUUGGUCCUGUUACUAGAUUUGGGAAGAAGCUCACUUCAAUUCUUGAUACCUAUCUGUCAGAGAGUUAUGGAAAAGUAUCUUUCCCCUACUUCUACUCAAUUAGGUGAAAUCCAUGAUAAGCCUAACACUACUCCACUUCCUAUCCCUAACACUACCUUCAUCCCUACUACCACAAACCCCAUAGAGCUUAAGUCACCCAAAAAAGAAGGUGAUCC